GUCUCUGGACGGCAGACUGCAGGUUUUCCAUCGCAAGGGUCUCCCACAUGUGAUUUACUGCAGACUCUGGCGCUGGCCUGACUUACAGAACCACCAGGAGCUGCUGCCUGGGGACCGUUGUGAGUACGCCUUUCACCUGAAGAAAGACGAGGUCUGUGUCAACCCAUACCACUACACGAGGGUUGACGUCGCUUUGCCGCAGGUACUUGUGCGGAGGCACACAGAGAUCCCGGACAAUUUCCCCAUUCUUGAGGACUACAGCAACACCAUACCCGAAAACACGGAUCUCCCCACCAGCAGCAGUAUCAAUGACACCGCCUUCAACACUGCAGAUACCCCAUCGCCGGGGUAUCUCAGUGAAGAAGGCGAUACCACAGACAGUCAAGGAAUGGAUGGCAUAGACAUGUCACCAAAUCCACAUUUAGACAACAGUGCAGAGCUGCAGCCUGUAACCUACAAGGAACCAGAAUACUGGUGCUCCAUCGCGUAUUAUGAGCUGAACAUGAGGGUCGGAGAAACCUUCCAGGCCUCGCAGCCUUCGCUGACAGUAGACGGCUUCACAGACCCCAGCAACUCGGAGAGGUUUUGUCUGGGCUUGUUAUCCAACGUCAACAGAACUCAGCAAGUUGAGAUGACUCGCAGGCACAUAGGAAGAGGAGUGAGGUUGUAUUACAUUGGGGGAGAGGUAUUUGCUGAGUGUCUCAGUGAUAGUGCUGUCUUUGUUCAGAGCCCAAACUGCAACCAGCGCUAUGGCUGGCACCCUGCCACUGUCUGUAAGAUCCCUCCAGGGUGCAACUUAAAAAUCUUCAAUAAUCAAGAGUUUGCUGCCCUGCUAGCCCAGUCUGUGAACCAAGGGUUCGAAUCCGUCUACCAGCUGACCCGCAUGUGUACCAUUCGCAUGAGCUUUGUCAAAGGCUGGGGUGCCGAGUAUAGGCGUCAGACAGUCACAAGCACACCCAGCUGGAUCGAGAUCCACCUCAACGGACCACUUCAGUGGCUGGACAGGGUCCUGACACAGAUGGGCUCUCCCGGUCUGCCCUGCUCAUCGAUGUCAUAA